AUGGGGGGGCUCUAUGAUCAAGGAUUGAGCUUGAAGGAUGGCAUAGAGCAAAAGGCUCAAGAUAGCGUCUGGUAUGUCACUGUCGGCAAUGCUUCCUUGCAACAAGAGCCUGAAAUCGCGGUGGCCGACUACCAACAGAGUCUUGAGCAAGACGAUCCCAGUCCCCGUAAUCUGACCACAGACACGGUCCGAUACUGGUCUGACUACAACCGCGUUUUCUACCAUCCACGAUCUAUCGUCCAGCUUAACGCAUUCGAUCUCAACUCCUCGAUCGUACCCUUCGAGAAAUAUGAGACAGGCGAAGAACUCUUCAGGAACGUCGAUCGAGAUGAAGAUAUCUUGGACAGAGACUUCCGAACCUGGGCUGAAGAAUGCGAUCAAAUGCAAGGUAUCCAAAUCAUUACAGGCAAUGACGACGCGUGGGCAGGGUUUGCUUCAAGAUACAUAGAAAGCCUACGAGAUGAGUUCGGAAAGACUGGUAUAUGGAUAUGGGGCAUUGGGCAGGAAAAUGGACCGAUCUCAAAAGCCAAACAAGCGCUCAGAGCCAUCAACUCUGCUCGAAUGAUUGCUGAAACAUCCUCUACUGUUUCAAUGUACGUGCCACUCUUACCACCACAGAAGAAGCCACCGUCAUAUGUACAUCUUGAUACAAGGUCACAAUGGCACACCUCAGCCCUUGUGUCCGCAGCUCUUGAGUCUGUCUCGCUGCCCUCCCGGCUGCGAGAUGGCGGCCAAAGACGCGGCUAUUUGGACGAUCUGAGUGCGGUGCUGAACACUAAUGGUAAUCAGCGUAUUGCUCAGCUCCAGUGCAGUAUCGUUGGAGGUGAUAUACGGAAUGAGAAACCCAAAUCUGGUGCGACGUUAGAUGAUAGGAUCCGUUCUGACCGUGACGACGCGCUGAUCAAUGAGGACGAGCAAGAGGACGACUUGGCAGAUUUCGACAUCAACUUUUCAGACGAUGCUCGUGGCCGCAUGCAUGCUACCAAAAGUGUUAGUAGUCGCACAUUCGGCUUAAUUAUAUGCUCGCGAGGAGCAAUUGAGUCCCAUUUUCGGCCUCUAGACGAGGAUGAACUGGCCCUUGCACGGAAGAGAAGACGAUUUGAAGGCAAGCCUGUGAUUGAAAGAUAUUACACACAAUUGCCAUAUCCGCUUCCAGACAGCUUCCCUCACAUUUUCACGAACGCAUCCGAGGGCAAUGUGAAUGUCACCGCGUCGCUCACGACGUCGAGCCAAAGUUCUCGAGCUAUUGACUCACUGCAGGAAACCUCUCGGAUGGUGGCUGAUUUGGAAGAACGAGAAACUCUCUUCAAUAGUCUUGGCGAGAUGGCGGAAGCUUACAAAGAGGGGUGGGAUAGUGGACCCGACGUCGACAGUGAUGAUUGA